UUUUAAGUGAAGAAUUUAUCAACGAGCUCAUACUUGUAAUCUGUCAGUCUACUUAUCAUUUUCGUCAACGCAUUAAAAAUAUUCAUCCGACAUUAAAUGGCUUCUACGGAAACAGUUCAAACCGCGGCGGUAGCACCGGUCGCUGCAUCUCCAAUCAAGAAAAAGACUCCAACCACCACCAAGGCAAACGUAUCCGCUCAUCCGUCCACCGCUGUGAUGGUGAUCGCGGCCAUAACUGAGCUGAAAGAGAAGAAAGGUUCAUCGCUGUCGGCCAUCAAGAAAUAUAUGUCCAACAACUACAAGGUGGACUCCGCUAAGCUCGCGCCGUUCAUCCGCAAGUUUUUGAAGGCCGCCGUGGUCAAAGGAACACUGUUGCAGACCAAUGGUACUGGCGCCAUGGGCCACUUCAAACUUCCAGUCGUUGUAAAAAAGAAGGAGCCUGCAGUCUCCAAAAAACCCAGUUCAGCUGCUACCAAGAAGAAGGCUAAACCAGCCAAGGUCUCGGCCGCCGGAACUCCGAAGAAGAGGAAGUUGCCCGCGAAGAAAGCACCCACUGCCGCUGAACCAUCUGCCAAGAAGCCAAAAGCGGUCGCUGCCAAGCCAAAGAAAUCGCUAGUUAAGGCGAAGAAGGCGGUCGCGGCACCUAAACCACCGAAAGUAAAAAAAGCAACGGCUGUGAAACGAACCAAGUCAUCACCCAGGAAGUAGUAAUACACAGUUUAUUAUGACGAAAAUGUAAAUAUAACGAUAAUUGCUCCGUACCAUUUAAAAAGGUCCUUAUCAGGACCA